AUGUCGUUCUACUCACCUGUGGCGGUCCAGUUCAUUAAAGAUGACUUGGUUUACGCGUCUUCAGGUAUAUUUAUCUCCUCUCACGAGGAGGAUUUUGUUCUUACAAUAAGCCAUCUUCCCGAUAUUUACACUUUUCGAAUCUACAUUCAUCGCUCAGAUAAGAAAGAUCUAGAAGAUGUAUUUUGGCAUAGAGCUAAGAUCUUGGUUGAGGCUGUUAUCGAAAUGGACAAUUUCCAAAUAUUAACACGACGUGAGUUCAAUAUCUUCCCAAGGGACUCUUUUGGAAACACAAUUUCUAUUUUGAAACUAUCUUUAGCAUCUGCUUCUGCUUCUGCUUCUGCAUUAGCAUCACCGGUAAAUAACAUAGGGGUGGGUUCCCCGCAUAUAUUCCCGCUAAAGUUUACCAAUGCAAUAGUCGAGACAAAAAUCAAAGUUGUUUCUUCACCAUUCUCAAUAACAAAUCUGUUGGUAUUCCAUAGAUUCAUAAGUCAUGGUUCGAUAAUCUACAAUUUCGAAAAUUGCUGUUUUUUGUCCGAUUUGAGGUAUCUCGACAAUAUGUGUGGCGGUAUAGUAACCGACCACAAGAACCAACUCAUUGGCUUGAUAUUAGGGAACUUGAGAAAACGAAAUGGUGAAGGUGAGCUCACUAUGAUUCUUCCGUGGUUCAGAAUCAACCAACUUGUCACUAUUGAAAAAUCAAUACCAACUUACACCCCAACACCGCCGCCACCACCUACUCCAACAUAUGCCCACAACCAAUUAGUACUACCUUUAACAGUCUCCAAUGGGAAAGACUAUACUUGGGGCUCUUGUAUAACCUAUAAGCCUAAUAUACUAAUAACAAACAGCCACGUCAUAUUGCCUUAUACCAACUCGACCCAUCGCUAUAAAUCAGCAGAAAUACACUAUAACAACAAGGUAAUUGCACUCACUUUAAAAGACAAGAUAAUUAUUCCAUCACUCGACCUUGACCUUUCUUUUAUCUUCCUUGCCCAAUCACCAUUCCAUACUGCAAUCAGUCCUAGUCUGGAGUUUAAGGUAGAAGAGGAAGUAUAUACACAAUCGUUUGGUCUCUUUCUCCAUCAUAAUCAGACAAUGCCACUUAUAUCGUAUGGAAUAAUCAAUUGUAUUUAUUCAAUCAAAACAACUAACAAUCUACGCUGCAUUCCAGGACUAAUUGUGUCCUCGGCAUCCUCGUAUAAUGGAUGUUCAGGUGGAGCAUUGUUUAAUAUUAAUCAUCAACUAGUAGGAAUUAUAUGCUGUAAUGCAGAAGUUUACAAACCAGUAGUUUUUGAUGCUGAACAUCAACAAGAAGAAGAAGAAGAAAAGGUGGAAAAAAUCACGGAUUUUACAUUUGUAUUACCCGUGCAAUUGAUAGAUUAUUGUUACAAUUGUAUUGUCAAUGGUGAAAAAGUAGAAAUAGAUCCACGCUUUGCCAAUUUGUGGAAAUUGAAGAAAUUCCAUAAAGAUAUCCUCAUUGAGCCAGCUAAACUAUAG